AUGGACUGCGAGACUUCGACGACUUAUACUUGGCAGCAGCGGCAGCAACAACAACAACACUACUCAACGUCACAGGGGAGUAAUCACUGUCUACCUACUCCACCCAUCACGCCGACGGAGCAUUCACCACCAUCUCGAAAGCAGCAGCUACCGUCCCAGCUACUAGAGAUAGACAGUGCUCUUGUGACGGGUCUCACCCCUCAUUCCUUCAUCUCCUUCCCUACUGGUUCUGGCUCCACGUCAAGACCUCUGACACCCGCACCGACCCCUUCACCACCUCCAGCCAUACCACUUCCCCUCCCAUUCCCAUCCGACACCAUGGCCUCGUUCUCACGCGAUCCACCCAAGCGACCCCAUAAUAAUCGGUGCAACUCUACACCGAUGGCCGACAGUUUAUCUACUGCACGACGAGGAAAUCUCGCCCCCGUUUCCACCACCACCUCAUCAUCCUCUUCCAACAACAACCCACCUUACUUGCAGAAUGUGCCUCCCCCCAGAUCUCCAUCGGGACUCAUGCCGCGUAUCAUAGACUCUGCAGACGCCUCCACCUCUUACCCUCGACGACGAGUAUCGCUCUCCAUCAACGGCUCACCCAAUACCAUCCUCCCUCCUCCAGUGAUUGGAUCCACUCAUCCAUAUCCUCAACCUCAUUCCGCGUCACUUCAGCACAAUCAUGCCAGACAUCACCCACGAAGAAGGGCACGGACCAUGUCCUUCCCCGUCCGUACCUCCAAACACGUCCCUUGUCCCAGACCACUCUAUAGAUCCCGUCGGACCAUACUCCUCAUCGUCAUCCUCAUCUCCCUCUUCCUCGUCGGGACAGUCAUCGUCUUGUCUUCGGUAUCUUACUACCUCGCCAUUCCAGCUUGGGCAUUCUUGUCGGAGGAUGAAGUGCCUUGGUCCACCCUGGACGCCAUCAAGUCUCUCCGAUAUUCACCAAUGGGUACAGCGCGACAGCACAAGCGUGAAGCGGCCCCUGAGGCGGCCAACGAUCAGCAAAGGGGACUGGACGACGAUUUCGAUUGGUUCGUCUCCGAUGCCAAUGAAGAAGACUCCGAUCGUUGGGACGUAGACGGAGCUGGAUCUGGCGGUUACUGGAUGGAGAAGGAAUGGGACGGCCGGGUCAGAGGAGCUAACGAUUGGACAAAGCUGUAUAAUGUCACGGCCAGACCUGGGGAGAGAAUACCUCGGAUCAUCCAUCAGACUUGGAAGGACGACAUGCUACCGGUGAAAUGGCGCAAAGCGUUCAAAGAGUGUCGAGAAGGCAUGCCAGAUUACGAGCACAUGUUGUGGACAGACGAAGUGUCUCGAGAAUUCAUCAAGGCCAACUACCCCGCCCACUUGCACAUGUACGAUUCAUACAAGUAUCCCAUCCAACGCGCCGACUCCAUCCGAUACUUUGUCCUGCACCAUUUUGGCGGGGUCUACAUGGAUCUCGACAUUGGAUGUCGGAGACGCCUAGACCCACUCCUGCAAGGCGAUUGGGAGGUCAUCUUGCCGGUGACCAAACCUGUUGGCGUUUCAAAUGACUUGAUCUUGUCGUCCAAAGGAUCCGCUUUCAUUGAUGACACCAUUCACGCGUUGCCCGCUUGGAAUCAUGAAUGGGUCAGCAAUUAUCCAACGGUCAUGUUUUCAACUGGCCCCAUGUUCCUCUCAGCUCAAUUCUCCAUCUACACCUCUGCCCAUCCGAUCACCUCUUCCCACCCACGCAGCGAGGUCCGAAUCUUGCCCAAGAGCCUGUACGGCAAGAAUGCCCCUGUGGAAACAGUCCCUCAUUCCUUCUUUGCCCACUUCUAUGGCUCUUCUUGGCACUCGGACGAUGCCGGAUUCAUCUCCUUCCUCGGCAAAUGGGGUAAAGGUCUGAUGGUCGUUGGGAGUAUUGUCGUCGUCGUAGGCGUUCUGCGUCUCGUCUCACAAAAAUUCAUGCGAACUGCCGACCCAAGAUUCCAGCUCUUGUCUGUUUUGCCCACCUCAUCCUCCAUCAUCUCGAGCAAGCAGUACUCUCAUUCUGGUAACGGCGUCGAAGAAUCCGCUUCGAUCUCGUCUGCUGUGGAGGCUAUCAGCUCUCAACAUUUGCCGCAGGAUAUCGCUUCCACUCUGAAACGCGCAGGAAACCUCAUUCUUGCGGCUCCAGCGACACUGUUAUCUGGCGACAGGCGAAGUCGACGAAAGACAGGUUUGCUCUACUUUGUCCCUGCCCUUUUCCAACCUGGACCAGUCACAUCCUCCAGACGGGGUCGAACUUCGUCUGAAUCCUCUCAGCUCCCUCUCCGCCGAUCUCGUAAAGAGAGGGAACGAGAUCGCGACAGGAUGAACCCGCCGCCUCCACCAUACGACCCUUUGGACAAUGGUAGCACCCCUCAAGCAGCAUCUCAUAUGAUCCACGACGAACCUGAUUCCAUGGAGGAAGAUGAUCUGUCACCAUCCAUGGCUCGAUCACUGACUUUCCCCGCACGUGGAAACUAUUCUUCGAGCUUUUUGAGAGAUAUCGAGAGUGGGUCGUCGUCCGCUACGGACGAUGGGGACGAUGGAGAGCAGUCAUCUUCACCGACGGCAGAGGCAGAUUGGUCGGAAUGGGCCUCGAGCAAUGAGAAGAGUCGACCAUUGAGGUGA